AUGGCUAGGAGAGCUCUUGAGGCUGACUUGCUGGCCAAAGCUGGAAUAGUACAGACACCAUUGACAGUUGCCAGUGCAGUCAAGGUGGUCUAUGAGAUUCAUCUACAUAAAACUUCUAUGGGAGUCUUCUGCUUGCAGUUUAACUAUACAGGAGAACUCUUGGCUGUGGGAUUAGGGAGUGGAGGUAUUCAGAUUUAUGAUGCAAAAUCGGGGAAGUUUUCGAGUGAACUUCGAUCUUGUAGACUGGGAGGUUUUGCUGUCAUGUCCCUGCACUUCCACCCCAAAGAACCUCACAUUCUUUAUGCAACAACAGCAGAAGGGACAAUACAUGUGUAUAACAUCAAGACUGGGCAGGAGGUGGCCAACAUCUCAGAGCUUGGAAAUGAAAUCAAUGCAUUGGACUUUUCUGUGGAUGGGUACAACUUUGUAACAGGGGGCAAGGACUUGGGAGUCCGCCUGUAUGACACCAAGACCAACAUGAUGAUCAAACUGUGGCCAGGGUCAAGUUCGCGAACUCUCCUCACCAGUGAUACUGCAAUCGGCAACACAAUGAGGGUCUUCUGCGUCAAGUUCCACCCCAUCAACCAGUUUAUCUUUGUCACUGGCGGCUGGGACAACCAUUUAAAGAUCUGGGAUAGUCGAGACAGUGAGGGCAUUAAGAGAAACAUUCGAGGGCCUCAUAUCUGUGGGGAUUCUAUUGAUUUACGGGAGACAGAGAUCCUGUCAGGCCAGUGGACGGCCUUGCAUGCUCUCCAGGAACACAACUACAACACAGGGGCUGUCACCAGAGAGAUCAUGUUCCCGCACACAGAAGGCGCCUUCAUUUACACAGCCCAGUACUGCAACAGUAACCUGGUGGUGGCCGGCGGCAGUGGCACUAACAGUGUUGAAGUGAUUGAGAUCUCUACCAACAGGCAUGUAGGAGGCUACCGGAUGGAACACCCUGUCCACUCAGUGGACAGCACCAACCAGGGACGGCUGUUGGCCGCUGGAGGCAGUGAAAGUCUGCUGGUGAUCCUACAGGUCACAGAGUGA